AUGGCAGCAACAUCAAUAAAUAACAGCGAUCAAAUACAAAUUGAUCAAACUCAAUCGAUAUUAACAAAUAGUAAACUUUUUAUAAUAACUAGUGAUGAAGAUGAAACUGAUUUAGAUGGAACAACAGAAAUUGAAAAUGCAGAAAAAGAAUCUCCAUAUAAACCAUCUGAAAUAUCUGUACCUAUUCGACAAUGGUCUGGUUUAUCUAUGACAUCAUUAUCAAUAACAAAUAAAAAAUCUAAAUCAAAUGCAUAUAAAUUUGUUCAAUUAGAACGAGCUCUAACAUCAGCAAAAUUUUUAAAGAAAAAUGAUGAUAGAAUACAAUUUGAAAAUGAAUAUCUUCGAUCUUUAAAUGAAAAUAGAUUUGAUGAAUUUUUAAAUAAUUAUUAUCAAAAAAUAUAUGAUCAUUAUCAACGUAUUAAACAAGAACAAGAAUUUAAAAAAACACGAGCAUUUACUUUUGUUGAUCUUGAAAAAAAUUUUUUUACACUUGAUCCAACACGAGAUAUUAAAAUUGUAUUUGUUGAUGAACCAACAACAUCGACAAUAACAAAAACAGCAAAUACUCGUUCUGCUGCAUCAGCACGUCAAAGAUCAACGUCAUCUGCCAUAUCUAAUGAUGCAGCCAUAGAAUUAUUUUAUGCUAAUCGUUCUCGUCGUCUUUUGUGUGAUCCAGCGUAUGCACGUGAAGAAAUAUCAUUAUUUGCUCGUCGAGCUGCUGAACGUCUUCAUGAACGAUUACCACGUAUGUCAAGUGUACCACAUCGAGUUAAAAUUGUUGAUGAACGUGAUACAACUGGUAAACCUGAUGAACGUACAUUAUUACAAAUGAAACAUAAACGUGCUUUAUCAUUAAUAAAUAAACGUCGUCAUAUAAUUAUUAAAAUGAUGACACAAAGUAAAAAGAAUGAAAUUAAAAUGGAACAACAAUGGAAACAAACUCCAAUAGCUCUUGAUAGUGCUGCUUGUUGUCGAGAAUUACUUGAAAGAGCUAAUCAAAUUGAUCAAGUUUAUGGAGAAAAAAUAAUUAGACGACCUCAAACAGCACUUGUUUCACGAAGAACACCUAGUAAAAAUAUUUCUUCGUCUGCUUCUUCUGUCACAGCGACAAAAAGUACAAAUAUAACACCUUCAUUUUCAUCACGUUCAACACCAUUUCAUGAUGCUCUUUCUAUCGAACAUGUAGGAAAAACAAAAGAUGUUCGUGUUAUUUUACCAACACGUCCACUUACAGCACCAGUUAAAGUCAAUUGGGUUAAUUAUUGUUAA